AUGCAGGUAUACAUUGUAUACAUGGGUGAUCUUCCCUCCAAAAGUGAUUUCUCUGCUACGUCAAUGCACAUGAGCAUGCUACAAUCAGUUAUGGACAGGUUGGCAUCAAAAUCUUGGCUCCGCAGCUACCACAAAAGCUUCAACGGCUUUGUUGCCAAGUUGACUGAGGAAGAGAAGGAGAAAAUUGCUAGCAUGAACGAAGUUGUGUCUGUAUUCCCCAGCACCAAAAAGCAACUCCACACAACAAGGUCAUGGGACUUUAUGGGCUUCCCUCAAGAUGUUAAAAGAACACAAAUUGAGAGCGACAUUAUUGUUGGAAUGUUAGACACCGGGAUUUGGCCUGAAUCAGAGAGUUUCAGUGAUGAAGGGUUUGGCACUCCUCCAAGCAAAUGGAAAGGCAGCUGCCAAGCCUCCUCAAAUUUGACUUGCAAUAACAAAAUAAUUGGAGCAAGGUUUUAUCAUAGCGAAGGAAACAUUAGUUAUCCAGACGUGCCCUCGCCUAGAGACUCUGAAGGACAUGGAUCUCACACUGCAUCCACAGCAGCUGGAGGCAUUGUAAAAGGGGCAAGUUUGUUAGGUCUUGGCUUGGGGACAGCUCGUGGAGGGGUGCCUUCUUCGCGCAUUGCAGUGUACAAAAUUUGCUGGUCCGAUGGUUGUUCAGAUUCUGACAUUCUUGCAGCAUUCGAUGAUGCAAUUUCCGAUGGAGUUGAUAUUAUAUCACUUUCAGUAGGAGGGUUUUUUCCUUCAGAUUAUUUUGACGAUCCAAUUGCCAUUGGUGCAUUCCAUUCUAUGAAAAAUGGAAUACUCACAUCAAAUUCUGCUGGUAAUUCUGGACCUGAUCCUGAAAGCAUCACAAAUUUCUCACCUUGGUCACUCUCGGUUGCUGCCAAUGUCAUCGACAGGAAAUUUCUGACACAAGUCUUCUUGGGGAACGGUAAAAGUUACGAGGGAGUUUCUGUAAACACAUUUACGCUCCAAAAUGAGACGUACUCGUUAGUCUACGGAGGAAAUGUACCUGCACCAGGUUCUGAUGGCUCCGAGUCAAGGUAUUGCUCACCCGGCUCUCUAGAUGCAAAACUGGUAAAUGGAUCCAUUGUCCUAUGUGAUUCGCUGGGUGAUGGAACGCCACAAGUAGAAGCGGGUGCUAUUGGAACUGUAAUGCAAAGUGAUGAAUUCAAUGAUUUCGCCUUCUCCUUUCCCUUAUCAGCAUCAUACUUGACAUCCACCGAUGGUACCCAAGUUCUUAAGUAUAUCAACACAACAAGUAACCCAAGUGCUACAAUUGCUAAGAGUGUUGAAGCAGUAGAAAAAGCUGCCCCCUUUGUGGUUUCCUUUUCAUCAAGAGGACCAAAUCCAAUCACAAGAGACAUCCUCAAGCCUGAUCUAAGUGCACCUGGAGUGGAUAUUGUAGCUGCAUGGUCGGAGCUAACUACGGUUACUGGAUUGGAAGGAGAUAGUAGAGUUGUUCCGUACAAUAUUAUAUCUGGAACAUCCAUGUCUUGCCCUCACGCCUCUGGAGCAGCUGCUUAUGUUAAAUCAUUUAACCCAACCUGGUCUCCAGCCGCUAUAAAGUCUGCUUUGAUGACUACAGCUGCUCCAAUGAGUCCGCUUACAAACACUGAUGGUGAGUUUGCAUUUGGAUCGGGUCAUAUCGAUCCAGUGAAUGCUAAAAGUCCUGGUUUGGUAUACGACAUGGGAGCAAAUGACUACAUCAAAUUCCUAUGCGGGCAAGGUUACAACGCUAAGAACUUGAGACUUAUUACUGGAAAUAACAUCACUUGCACUCAAUCUAACAAUGGUACAGUUUGGGACCUAAAUUAUCCUUCUUUUGCAUUAUCUACAACUGCUGGUGGUUCUAUCACCCGUGUUUUCCAUCGGACCGUCACAAAUGUUGGUUCACCAAUAUCCAUUUAUUCCGCUAUCACGUCAGCACCAAUCGGACUAAAUAUUACAGUUUCUCCAUCUGUUCUUUCUUUCAAAUCUAUUGGGCAGAAGCAAACAUUUGUAGUGACAGUUCAAGCAACAUUGACUUCGAGAAUGCUGUCUGGGAUUUUGGUGUGGCAUGAUGGAAUCUAUACAGUGAGGAGUCCCGUGGUUGCCUAUGCUGCCUAA